AUGGCCUACUGGAGAGACGAGUAUUUGGCUGCGUUGGUCGUUCGAGACCAGAGAGAGAAGGCCAACGUUGCACUCUAUGAUGCCUAUACUCACCUCGCUGAUCGCACGGCCACGCUUACCGCCCCUAUAAGCAUAGCUGGCAGUCCUGCAGUGGACCCAAAAUGUUCGGUCGCCAGAGAGACUCAGCGCCCUAUUUCUUCGGGCGCGACGGCCAAAAAUCAAACGGCUGGUGUCUCAUCAACUGAGCUUUUGAAUAAAACUCGCGCUGAGCUGUCAGAGGCCCAGCGAUUUCGAUCAGAAUUACAGGAGAAACUCAAUCAAGUUACCAGUGAAGUGGAAAAGCUUCGCAAGAAAAACACCCAGGAUGCUCGCCGCAUUAACGCAUUAGAAAGCGAGAGACUGCAAUUGAAUUCACGCCUCAAAGACAGGGACGAAGAGCUACGGGGCAAGGCUAAACUUCUCGAGGAUUUCCAAGAUGAGAUGGCGACAUUGAAUCUCCAACUGAACAUGGCUGACCAAAAGUCAAAUAAGCUUCAGCAUGAAAAUCAAGAGCUGGUUGAUCGCUGGAUGGCGAGGAUGGGUUUGGAAGCAGACGCCAUGAACGAUGCCUCUAAGUUUUCAUAG